CUCCCCCUCCCGAGCAGAAGCCCCCCAACCUGCUGCGUGGCUCCAUCACAGCAGCUCCCAAGCAGCAGCAGCAGUGCUUCGCCCACAGGCGCUGUUCGCCAUCCGUACAACAGCCCCGCAGGGUAGGAAUGCCAGCAUGACCCCAGGCUGCAGCUGCGGGAGGGAUCACGGCCCGUCCCGGAGAGUGGCCGGGGGAGGCGAUCUCGGCACCCAGGCCGGAGCUCCGUCACCUAGCCGCCCGAUCUGGGCCGGGGCUCGCUGCUGGUCGCCUGGCUGACCCAUCCACAGACUCCUUCGGCCCCGCUCCGGCCACUGGCCUGGCGACCGAACCCUGUCCGGCCCUCUGCACGCGCCCAGAGGCGCCCAUCCCUCGCAGCAGCCUGCCCAGCGAACAGUGCUUGGCCUCCCGCCCUGCGUGUGCCCGGUGGGCUGCCGGGCGCGGGGAGGGGGUCUGCGGCGUCAAGGAGGCCCGGCUGAGAGGAGGCCGCCCGGCCACGCCCCGCCGUCCCUCCCUCCCGCCGGCCGGGGGCUGCCUGCCUGCCUGCCUGCCUGCCGCAGCUGGAGCGCCGGGGGCGGGGAGGCGAGCCGGGGGCUGCUCCGGCGCGACGGCCCGCUCCUCCCCGGCGAGGCGAGGGGCGCUCGGCCGGGCGGCUGCCUGCCUGCCUGCCUGCCUGCCUGCUGCAGUGGCCACAUCGGCGUGCACCGGCCGGGAGCAGGAGGCGGCGGCGGCGGCAGCUGCAGCCCGCGCUGAUGGAGGCUCCGGCAGCAACGGCGGCGAAGACGAGCGCGGUGCUGGCUAAAGAGGCCCAAACGCCAGAGCAGGGGCCCCCCAUCAUCACCCCUGUGCACGGAGAGGUGGAAGAGCGCCCCAGCCCCCCCACGGAAGAGGAAGGCGGGAUCCCAAUUCCCACUUCAGGGCUGCUGCAGGUGGCCGAGCGCAGGCAGCCCCUGAGCAGCGUCUCCUCCCUGGAGGUGCACUUUGACCUGCUGGACCUCACAGAGCUGACGGACAUGUCUGACCAGGAGCUGGCAGAAGUCUUUGCAGACUCAGACGAGGAGAACGUGGCCGGUGAGGCCCCCACCGGUCUGCACCCACCUGCCCCUCCCCUCCCUCGGGCCGGCUACCUGCGCUCCCCCUCCUGGACAAGGUCGAAAGCAGACCAGCGGCGGGAGAAGAAGCACCUCAGUGACUCUGAGCUCCAGGCCAGCCAAGAGGAGCCUUUCCUGCCUAUGGAGAAGCCGAAGGAAGGAUAAGCGGAAGCCAGGAGCCACACCCAGGUGCCCGCGUUCACUCUUGCACUAGCCACAAAUGCCCGUUAUUUGUGACCUCCAGAGACAUCCAUUCCUCUCCUCCCUCCCAGAUCCUCCAAGACAUUUGGAAAAACUGGACGUCUCCUUUGUUCCUGGCUCUGACUUGAGUUUGCCUCCUGUUUAGGGUUCUCCACAAGUGGGGCAGAUAUGGGGGGGGGGGGGUGCAGAGGAAGCAAUUUCCUGGAAGCAAUUGGGAGCCUUCUGUUCCUUCUCAACACACUUCGGCAGAGGAGUGACUGCGUCGCUCAGGAGCAGUCCCAGGAGGAGGGGAGCAACCUUCCGCUGUGUGCCUUGACGGCUGGGGCAAUCGGAGGAAGACUCAGCCAGACCAGGAACGCUGUGAUACCAAAGGAAGCUGGGGGAAGCCGGAGGCAGGGGGCGGGGCACUUGCAGGAUCAACAGUGAGUCCUGCCUGUGGAGCACCCAGAGGACGGAUCCAGCCCUUCAAAGCACAUUCUCUUCCCAGUGGCCUUAACUCCCUCCCUUCUGCUGCACCAGAGCUCUGGUCUAAGCACACCGUGCCAGUGGGGCAGGCAUUCUGGCAUUGGCACAACGCAUUCCUCCCCAGUGUUGGGCGUUCCUCAGCACUCCAUCACAUAAAAUGUGGCCGUCAGCGUGGCUGGCAACCACAGGCAGCAGAGGACGGGGAUGGCGAUAAUUGCUCGGCUUCUGGGGGUAUGAAAAUCAGGCUGGGCCAGGCAGCACCUCGGGCUCAGCCCUUCGGCAGGGGCUCCCUGUGUCCCUUUCUGCCAAAGGGGCUUAGAGGAAAGAAGCGCAGGGACUUCUGGGUGAUGCAGUAGCCUGUAUUGUAGGUUCAGUAAAGGCUCAUGAAACUGGAGCCCGGCCGAGCAGGAUUGCAGCAGCAUGCACCUCCUUGUCUGAGGGCUUCUCUGGCAUUGGAGAACUGAAGGAGAUCCGAUCGAUCAAAGCACCUGGUGGUCUUCUGCAUGAGUACCUGCCUCAGCUUUCACACCUAGGAGCAAGCAGAGACUCUGUCUGAGCUAGAUCUGGAUGUCUGGGCAGCUCUUCCCAUUGUUCUGCUUUGCUGAGCCUGUACAGGGAUUUGCGGUCCCUCCUGAAUUUGCCAACGACGAACCCGUAGCUCGCUGAUCUCUCCCAGGGAUGGGGAGGUGCGACAGUGCUGGGAGCCAGACAGUCCGUGGCAGAGGUGAGGCUGCAGCCGGGAGCACAGCCUAACUGCUGAGCGGCACUGUCUCUCGUCCUCAUGGCCUUUCCCCUGCCAAGGAGGGACCAGGUGAGGUGGCCACGUCCUUCUCUAGAGAAACGGCUCCAUGACUUGUUCCACUUGUGUGUGCAUUUAUGUACGAUGGUCAGGGGAGAUGAUCGAGGCCUUCCAAUAGCUCCAGUCCUGCUUUUCUGUGUUUUCAAGCCCCAGGGAAGGGCAGCUUCCAAGCCCCACUAUGGAGCCCAGUCUAGGAGAGAGGCUGAUGCUGUGAUCCAGGCCUAAGAGGGAUAAUCAUCUGCUGACUGCAGGGCAAAUCCAGCCAACUGCAGUGGGAAUGCUGGGGCCUCAUGCCCGGGCGACACAUGACCCUCCCGGGGGAGGGAGGGGGAGAGCAGCUGCCUCCCAACUUCAUCCUGGGCUACUGCACCGCAUGCAGCUACCUCAAGGACUGGCAGGGAUGCUCUCCAGAGCAUCUUCCUCCUGCUGGUUAUUUUUAAGAAGGGUGCCAGGAGCCGCCUCACCCCUGGUCAGGAGCCCAAAGUCGUUUGCCGGCCUAAGCUGUAUCGACUAGCUCUGUGGCAGAGAAGGAGCCCCUUGAGAAUGGAAGGGCUUCUCCUGGGCUUGGCAGCAUUUCCCCAACUCACCCACCAUCCGUAGCACACUGGAACGAUCUGCCCAGACCCAUUAGGAGAAAGACGGCUGCGACGGGCCCAGAGAGUGGUUCCUGCUCUCGUGUCUUCCUUGCUUGCUGUGCUGGUGGAAGAUGGACAGGCUCCUGGGAGCGGUGCCACACGCCUCCAGGCCUGGAGUCUCUCAGCUAAGCCCAGCCCCCAAGCCCCAUAUUGUGCCCCAGUGGGAGGGGGCACCCUCGCUGGCAGAGGUAGCUUGUUCCCAGGAGCACAGGGCUGCUGGUCUUCCAGGAGUCAGGGUUGGCCUCUGAACCCAGAGAACCAAAUUUCCCAAAGACCUCCCCCAGUGAUUAACAGCUGUUGUUCUAGGACAGCCCACAGGGAGAGGCUUGGAUAGAGCUUUUUUAAUUUAGUCCCCCUGAGACAAGAGUCCCAGACACUCUAUGGCUACAGAAGAAGGAAGGGAUACUAGUAGAAAGUGCAGUCAAGUUGCAACCAAAUAGGGUUUUCAAGGCAAAAGGUGAGCAGAGAGUUUUUGCCAUUGCCUGCCUCUACCUAGCAACCCUGACCUUCCUUGGUGGUCUCCCAUCCAUAAUGCUAACCAGAGCUGACCCUGCUAAGCAGCUGAGAUCUGACGAGAGCCAGCUAGCCUGAGCCAUCUGGGUGAGGGCAGCAGGCCCUUUGCGAGUAGCACAGGCUUAGAAUCUCCUCUGCCAGAGACAAGCCCAGGGCUCACUUGUGGGUCUGGUUGCUUCUCCACCUGCACUCAGUAUGUGGUGGCAAUAUGUGUCAGGGUUUGCAUUGAAAAUGGGGCAGAAGGAGUGGGGCAGGGAGGUCGCUUUGGAAUAAGCAACCAGGCCCUGUUUGGGGCAGGCUGAAAGGGGAGGCGUCAUGACCCAGUGAUGUGUGAGUAGACUGUGGCAAACCUCUAGUUUCACAGGAGUAGGAGCCCAUCAAGACCAGCAGAUGAUUAAGCACAACUUUGGUUAAUGACUCUGGAGCCCAGCUGGAAAUGUCUUCCCUUGGUCAUAGAACCCCUUCACAGGAUGAAUGAGCAGACAAUCUGCACACAUACACACCCCAGACGGCCAGAUCUGGACUGGGUCAUGCCCAGUAAUAGGUAGUCAAAAGCAACCGCAUCACUCAUCCACACAACCAGUGGAGGUUGCUGGAGCUGGCAGAAUGCACGUCUUUCUUCACCUGGUCAGAUGGCACCAGGCUGAGCAACAGAGCAGAGGCCGGCCUGCUCUGACCAUGCAAAACAGCUGUGGUUGCUGGCUUUGCACUUAUGAAGCUGAAGCCACAGAGUUACCCUAAACAGGCUGUCAGCAUUUAAGUUUGGGGAAUUAGCUGGGGAGACAGAGCAAGGAGGGAUCAAACAACCAACAUACACUGGGAUCCUCCCCAAUCAGAACUCUCAAGUAAGCAGGCAGUUUUAGGAAGUUAAGUGAAGUUUUUUUCCCCAAAAAUAGUAAAAUAAGAAUAAAGGGGGAAAUAAUGGGAAAAUAGUAUUUUAAAUCUAGUAAAAUACACCCUUUAUUCUUGCAAGCGCUAACUAGAGAAAAGAAGAAGUUGGCAUAGACUGUAGGGAUGGGGCGCUACUUACCAGUCGUGAAAGGGAGCCGUUCAUGGGAGCAGCACUGAAGACGGAAACGAUCAACAGUUUGGAGAACCAAAACUAAGCCACAGGCAAAUGGCAGGGGGAGGGGUGUAAGUGAGUGGAUUGAAGAUACCCUCCCCCACUCCACUCCGGGUUUAUUUGCCCACUCUUGUGUCUGCAUUGAGCUUGGUCAUAAUCUUCACCUGGAAUGCCACUCGAACCGUAUCUUUCAGCCCCUCCUUCCCCACUCUAACUCAGAUAUGUCCCCAAGUGUGUUUGCCUUGGUACCUCCUCUGGCGCCGUGUCUAAAGUUUACCUGUUGCACUUCGGAGUCCCCCAUACAGAAUGUUUCCUUGUAACUUGCACAUUGUACUGUUCACAGAAUAAAUGCACUUCUGCAAUAA